AUGACAGUGCGACUCGCCGGCAUGGAUGACAAAGAUCCAGCCCAAGCAGCCGACAAGAAGGCCGCUGAAGACCGACUGACGUCCUCGCAACAACGAGUCCGCGAACUAACGGCGGAAAUCGCCGCGCUUCAAAUUCCACAAUCCAUACCGGAUGACGAAAUCCAGUUGACUCUGCAGACCGCGGACAGAUUGAUUGGUGAACUUUACCAAUUACGGGACUCAACCGACCCGCAGACUCCGCAGUACUGCCAGAUUGACAUCAACCUAGGCCACUUGGAGAACAAUACCAAGGAGGUCCGAUUCAUUCUCCGACCUGAGACGCAACGGACCGUCAAGAAUCAGGAUCGGUUACGGAUUCUUAAAGUCAAAAUUGACAGCUUCGCGGAAGACUUCUACAAACGCAAACAACAGGAAGCAGAACGCAAGCUGAAAACUCCCGCGAAGAAGAUUAAGGCGACACUUAAGCCACCGGUCCAACCUGUCAAACCAUUGGAGGUUCAACAAGAUGAACCAAUGGAUGAAGUACCGCCACUCGGGAACGAACUCGAGGUCGGUGCAUUCGAACAGGUGGAUAUGGAUACUUCCGAAACACCAACAACACCGCAGGACGGCCAACCAAAGCCAGCUGCCCGACUCACUCGACCAACAACUCUGCUGGGACUCUCACAUAAAGAGCCCAUAGCAGACGACAAAGGUCCGAGGAGACGUCUAUUCUCACCUCCACCAGUCCGAACAAAGGAACAACUGUUGGAAAUUUUGAAAAAGACUCCAGCGGAUGAAACACAACCGGGUCAGUCACAGAAACCGACCUCGGUAACAAAGUCAGUGUUUACGUCUGGAGUCCAUAAGAAGUUAGUCCGACAGGCCAAGAACUAUGACCUGGAACGGAUUCUCAACGAAGCCCACCUAACAGAGGGAUUGAGGCUAGGAAAGCUAUCCACUGAUGAGCAACAAGCACUCGGUCAGCGGAUAUACGCGCUAAUCCAGGACAGGGACAAGGCUCUACGCCGACUGAUGUUUGUGAGGUGCGGAAGACAGGCACUACGACAGCUUCCGCUGGAUGCGGCCAUUAUUAAGCCAGCCCAACUACUCCGGCACCCUCGCAUCAACCCUGCAGCCUACACGUUGGAGAUGCCCCCUCAACCCGGUCAACAGGUUACCGAGAAGAUUCGGUGCAUCAUGUCCGACAGUAGCGACGAAUCUGACCACAACUACAGAAAGGGUGCCCAGAUCGAAGAUGACCCGACCUAUGACGACGACUUAACCUGGCAAGAGACUCUGCUGAUGGAUGCACAAACAAGCUCCAGGUCGUCAUAUGGAUCUCGACCGGCAGAAUCAACGCCGAGAAGGAGUAGGUCUCCGGUGAAACAGAUCUCACCGAACCGGGCAGCGUCUCAACCGGCAACGAUGCCGAGUCAACCUCCGAAGGAACAACCACGUAGGUUCACGCCCCGGAAUACUCCAACUAAACCGAAACAGACCCCGGAGGAGAUGGAUACGACGUCUCCAAAGGAGGUCGGACCUGAAUCACAGAAUGAAUCGACUUCGGAACCAGCCAAGUUGGUCAUUGACGAAUCUCGGACAGAUGAGCCGGCAACAGCUCCGGGUAAGAGAAGCAAAAAGAAGCAGCAACCGGCUGACGAUUUCUCGCGAGAAUACCACGAUGACCCAGCCUUGAAACACGUUCAGGACCUGACCAGGUCGGAACAGGAUGCGAGUGUGGACACUGCGUUCCCAGAGGACAAAGAACUCUGGAACUCAUUGAAGUCACGCCGUGCUAACCUCGUUGGAAACACCGACGCGGUCCGUAAGGAACAUGAACGCCUUACACAAAGGAUGGCUGAGGUCAUGAAAAGAAUGGGAGAACGAUUCCGUGCGGAGAAGGUCCGACUUGCGGCACAACAACAGGCCGCCACGACCCGACCGAAACUCUUCGCACCGGACCCGAAGUCGACCUCCACGACAACACGUCAAUUGGUGGUCAAGAUGAAGAACCCUCAACCAGUAAGGGAACCUUCCGUGCAGAUCCAGGACGAAUUACUGGAUUCAAAGGUGAUCAACUCGGCUAACUCGGCUAAGUUGUCACGGAGGGAAAAGAAGAAGGCUAAGAAAGAAGCCAGAAAGGAAGCUGAAAAGGAGGUGACCAAACAACCUCCGAAGGAACCGACUAAACCGAGGUCGGACCUUUCGAUUAAGACGCCGAAACCUAACCCGGCCAAACGGCAUAAGUCCUCCGAAGACCUUGAUACCUCAGACGCUGGCCCACAGAAGCCGGACAAAAAGGGGAACGCCAAGGAGGAAUUUGACUACGACGCAGCCAAACAGCGGAUGCGAGAACUGAUCGCCAGAGCAGGUACAGCGGUGACCAAAACAGAGGCCGAAAGACCACACGAAAGGUCUAAGCCGACGCCUAAGCCACCACUCAAGCAACCGAAACCUGCUACGUCCAAGAAAGAUUCGGACGACGAAUCGGAGAAACCGUCGGAACCUGACGACGAGAUCUCCGACCAUGGAGAAGCCGACCCAUACGAAGGAUUCAAAGGCGAUCGUAAUGAAGAAUGGAGUCACGAAGAAGACACUGACGCUUCUGAAUGGCCAGCCCCCGAUGACCAACGACGCGAUUUCAAACUCCGGAUAUCCUAUAUCAACCUACAGUCCUCUCCCGAAGGUACUGAAACGGUCGUCGAGGAGUACAGUGAGUCGGAUGAACAACCAUCCGGCGAGGCGGCGGACAUGUUGAACAUUGCACGGGCGUCAGGUAUGUCGUCACAGAAACGACUACCAACCAACCGACCUCGGGCACCGUUUGAACCGGUAACAUAUGUCAACACCGCCUCGGCACCAGCAAGGGCAAGUGCAACUAAGCUAGGUCGGACUACAACCGGACGUUUUGCGGUGAAAGACACGCAAUCUCUUCCACCGACCUCACCUAUGGAAACUUCACCGGCUCCGGAAGGUAAGACUCCACGGAAGGGUCAACCUAAACCGGCUAAGUCAACAAAGAAGUUGGCGCAGACCAAGGAAAAGACGCCCUCGGAAGAGGAAGACGAGGACGAAGAAGAAGAAGAUGAGGACGAUGACGACACCUAUCAAACACCAGAAGGGUCGGAGGAUGACGAUAACGACGAUGACGAUCAACCUCCACCAGCUUCGGCACCACAACAGCAGGGUGAACCGGAGAUUUCUGACAAUCAGAACGAACCACCGGCCAACGACGGCAACGAAGCUGACGAGCCGAUGGAUGAAGAUAGUGGUGACGUCUACGUUCCUCAGAACUACCGUCAACAAGUACGGUUAACACCGGAUUCCGAUCCGAAUCAACUCCUCCAGGAAUGGAACGAGGAUACCCAGGAAGUCCUACCGUUACAGAUUCCUAACCUACCGAAGGUAAACGUCAAACACCCGACGGUGGCCAUUAAACGUGCUCAUACUCUACCCCCACGCGUCUCGGAAUACGAUCCGGGAUGGAUGUACACUUUCGCGGCCUUGAAGGCCCUGGCGACCUGUGGACCGAAGUUUGCGACACCGAAGAUCGCAUUCCAGCUCCUCAGGCACCAUAAGAUCGGUGACAUCGGUGGAGGUUGGAGGCAACUAAGCCAGAGCAACGUAUACCGGUACUGUAACCUUGGGUACAACGAAAGUAAAAUCAUACGGACAUACACCAGCAGCAAGCGGAUGUAUUACGAAUUCCCACCGGAGAAACGAGAUCCGGCGCCGACCACUUAUGAAGGUUGGGUACAUGCCAUCGAAGCGUGUAUGGAAAUGUCGUGGCAUCCGGAAGGACUGACCCGCGGCGAAGUUCUACAUCAGCUGGUAGCUAGGUUCGAAUUUGAAUGGGAAGCUAAAAAACCCCAGCUGGUCGACCCGAAGUACAAGCCCGUCAACAGAACGAAAGGAGGCGAGAAGUACAUGUUGGGUGACGACUUGGACUUCGUCCUGAGCAAGGGAUUCUUCCAAAAGAGAUUUGGCAUCAACCAGACUCGGGAAGGAGAACGAUACGAAGCCCUUAAGCCAUCAACACUCCGGCAACCGGACUCCGGAGUACGAACCAGCGAGGAUUCCGCUAGCAUGGCCCGGAACACAGCACUGCGGUGUGUUCAGGACCAUGCUUGCCAAGGCACCCACGGUUAA